UUUUGAUUAUUAUCAUUUAAGUUUUCUUAUUAAUAUUAUGAUACAAAUAAUAUUACAACCAAUUUAUUCUUUUUCAAAAAAAUUUGCACGUAAAAGAAAUCUAUACUAUCUAUGACCAGAAAACAUGAGAAACUAACCUGAAUUGCGCAUGCAAGGUAUAAGUUUAUAAUUUGAAGCGUUUUCUGCGCAUCUGCUGAUUCCUACAUGAAUCCAAACAUAUAAUUCUGUCACAUCGUUGAAAUAACUGCUAUUCCAUGCUAAAUUCUAUAAUAUAUAUUUUAUAAACGCACGCGCAAUGUAGCAGCUACCGUUUUAUCACAGUAAUAUUUUCGAACUUUUAACCAUUGAAAGGAAAUAAUGGAAACAAAACACACGAAAAAAGAUCUGAAGCAAGCCUUCUACGCGCAGUCGUUUUUAAAGAUAGUCGGUGUUUGGCCAAUUCCCAUCGAAUCCCCUUUGAGUUUGAAGAUACGAAAUUGGUUCAUAACUUUCUUCUCCCUUUUCUUGCAAAUAUGUAUCGUGGGUCCGUGCAUUUUGGUCGUGCUCCUAAAAGAGAAGAAUGGAAAAAGAAAGAUAAAUCUAUUCAAAUUGCUCACCAACACUUUGAAUCAAUUAUUCAAAUAUGUGAUCACAUUAAACAGAGCGAACGAAUUAGCGAUAGCCAUGGACGAGAUAAAAAACGAUUGGUUGACCGCCACAUCGGAGGAUCGGUGGAUUUUCGCGGCAAAUUCAAAAAUCGGUCAAAGAGUGAUGUUGAUAGUAGCUGUCACCGUAUAUAGCAGCGGUCUCGGUUAUCGAAUGCUUCUUCCACUUUUGAAAGGGAAAAUUGUCCUGCCGAAUAACGUUACCAUAAGACUGCUGCCCUGUCCAACUUACUUUACCUUUUUUAACGAAUUAGUUAGUCCAUACUACGAGAUGAUCUUCAUGCUGCAAUUAUUGGCUGGAUUUUUCAGUUAUACAGUUCUCAAUGGCACUGUUGGGAUUUCCUUGAUGCUCUCUCUUCAUAUGUGUAGUUUAUUGAAGAUUUUAACGAGGAAAAUGGCCGAUCUCACAAAUGGAUCGAUUACUAGCGAGAAUAUUAUGCAGGAAAAGAUUGUGGAUAUUGUGGAAUAUCAAACGAAAAUCAAAAGAUUUUUGGGUAACGCAGAACUGAUCACCGAAUAUUUUUGUUUUUACGAUAUUGGCUGUAACAUGUGUCUUAUGUGUUUCAUAGGAUAUAGUGCUAUUCUGAGCAAUAAUUUAGCACAAACGUGCAUCACGUUAAGCUGGUACCAUUUUCCGACAAGAAAGGCCCGAUGUUUGAUAUUGAUGAUUAUUAUGUCCAAUUACCCUGUAAAACUAACGGCGGCUAAAGUGGUGGAUGUAUCUUUAACCACCUUCACUGAUGUCAUGAAGGCGGCAAUGGGUUAUUUAAAUAUGUUACGAGAAGUUAUUUAAUGUUACCACUUAAAUUUAUGAAAUGAAAUAAUAUGUUUCGAUAUAUAUAGAAAUAUUCUUGAUCACAACACUUA